CGCUCACAGAUCGGUGACGCUAUUGUUUUUUGCACUGCACUGACUCUACACACAAUCGCGCAGAUAGGGUGAAAUGAUUGACCAGUGUCAGUAUUAUCAUUAAUGCAAAUCUGCAAUGCUGCGUGCGCUUUCUUGCGGUGUCCUUGCUUUUCCUGGACUAUUCUGCUUUCUUAGGAAAUUUAUUUCCUGUACUUUCAAAACAUGGACCGAAGCUGAUGUUGUACUGGUUAGCGAGAGGCUGGUGUCUACCCUCCAUGCAGUUCUGGCCUCCACUGCUGGGCUUCUCAUAAUUAAAUCUUGUAAAAAUGUGAUGACUGACAGACACUGGCUGUCCACUGAUUUUGUGUGGUUUGGCGUACCCUACAUGUCUUAUGACAUUUAUGCCAUGUACCUGUGCCAUUACUAUAAUUGCCAGGUAAAAGGGCACGUUGAGUACAGAAACCACUCCCUCCACACAGUCAGGGCGUUCCUUCGAAAGGACUUCCUACUGGUCCUUCAUCACACUGUGUUGCUGACCAUCUUUUUGCCAAUCACACUGUUCUUCCGGAGAGAUCUGGGAGACUUCUUUGUUGGAUGCCUCUUCACUACAGAGUUCAGUACUCCUUUCAUUUGUUUGGGGCAGAUCCUAAUCCAGCUGGGGUUGCAGGCCAGCUGGCUGCACAGAGUAAAUGGUGUGAUGGCGCUGCUCAGCUUCUUCACGUGCCGCGUCGCGCUCUUCCCCUACAUGUACUGGGCGUACGGGCGACACGCUGGCAUCCCCUUCCACAGCGUGCCCUUCCACCUGCCCCUGUGCUGUAACCUUGGAAAUCUCUGCAUCCUGGCGCCACAGCUGUACUGGUUCACGCUGCUGUGUCGAAAGGCUCGUCGCCUCUAUCUGCGACAGGCCAAACCGAAAAGUAGCUAGAGCAAGAAGACCCCUCCAACUGUGCCGUUAUACUGCCGGGAUUUAUUGAGCAGAAUUGUAACCCCACCCCCCUUCACAACCAAGUGUCCAAGCGGUGACUACUAAACCAAAGAAAUCAGAACGCUCACCUCAAACUUAGUUAUAUUAAAUAGACGCUCGAG